GCAAUGAGUUAGCAGCCGUGCUGAAGGCUGGGUUGUUAUUGUGGGACUCAAAGUGGUCUGAUUCUCAGACCCUUAGUGUUCAAGUUCCUUUUGACUUUUGUGGUAGUAAUUUGAUCCCUAAUCGCUGCUCCAGGAAAAUUUGGGCUGAAAGUGGAAGGCAGAAUCUGCAAAGAGGUAAUGCUAUUCGUUACCUUGAAGCAAGACUUUAGAGUGGACGCAGUGAGGAUCCAAACAUGACCAAGGAGGAGCAGCUACCAGACUGGCAUUCGGCCCAGGAAUUUUAUCAGAAUUAUGACCCGAAGGAAAUUCUGGGCAGAGGGGUGAGCAGCGUGGUUCGUCGGUGCAUUCACAAACCCACCAGCCAAGAGUAUGCAGUUAAGAUUAUAGACAUCACAGCUGGUAAUUUAUCCCCAGCGGAGGUCCAGGAGCUGAGGAAAGCCACUAUCAAGGAGAUAGACAUCCUUCGGAAGGUCUCAGGACAUCCCAAUAUCAUUCAGCUGAAGGAUAGUUAUGAAUCCCACACCUUUUUCUUCUUGGUGUUUGACCUAAUGAAGAGAGGAGAGCUCUUUGAUUACCUCACAGAGAAAGUCACCUUAAGUGAGAAGGAAACCAGGAAGAUCAUGCGUGCACUGCUGCAAGUGAUCCAAUACCUCCAUUCCAUGAACAUCGUCCACAGAGACUUGAAGCCGGAGAACAUUCUCCUGGAUGACAACAUGAACAUCAAGCUGAUGGACUUUGGCUUCUCCUGCGAGUUGAAUAGGGAUGAGAAGCUCAAAGAAAUCUGCGGCACUCCUGGUUAUCUAGCACCUGAAAUAUUAGAGUGCUCCAUGGAUAAGAGCCAUCCAGGGUAUGGAAAGGAAGUCGACAUGUGGAGUAGUGGUGUGAUCAUGUACACCCUGCUGGCUGGCUCGCCACCCUUCUGGCACCGGAAGCAGAUGCUCAUGCUGCGGAUGAUCAUGAGCGGGAAUUACCAGUUCAGCUCUCCGGAGUGGGAUGAUCAGUCAGACACAGUCAAAGAUCUGAUUUCCCGGCUCCUGGUGGUGAAUCCUAAGAAGCGCUACACAGUCAACGAUGCGCUGGCCCACCCGUUCUUCCAGCAAUAUGUCGUGGAGGAAGUACGGCACUUCAGCCCUUUAAGGAAACUUAAGGUCAUCUGCCUGACAGUUCUGGCAUCAGUCCGCAUCUAUCAUCACUAUCGGAAUGUCAAACCAAUUACCAGGGAGGUAAUGAUGAGAGACCCCUACGCUCUGAAACCCAUUCGCAAACUGAUCGAUGCCUGUGCCUUUAGAAUCUAUGGACACUGGGUGAAGAAAGGAGAAGCACAGAACAGAGCAGCCCUGUUUGAGAACACGGCAAAGGUGAUUUUGCUGAGCUUAGCCGCGGAGGAAGCGUUAUUUUGAUUUAGCCCUGAGUAAAACUGCUUCAGCACCAUCUUAGCUUAAGUUUGUAAGAGCUAAGGCGAGCAGACGCUCUGAAAAACUAACCGCAGUCUCCUUUAUGUUUUCCCAAUAAAAUCUCAGUAGAGAAUAUUAAAACCCAGGGUGCGCCAAACCCUGACAUCCUUAUUUGGCCUUCAAAAGACGCCACGUGCACAAACCUCUGCAGAGCCCCAUCCAACUUCAAUGAGUUUUGCCUGUGUAAGGCCUCUGUGCUUUGGCCUUGCCAGGCCAAUAUUGAACUUUCAUACAAAAUGACAUUUAAGGGCCUGUUUUUUUUAGAAGUGGCCUCUAAUUUUGCAGCUGUAAUUAACAGUGUGUGUAAAUAUACCCUCAGAUCAGGCAGGUGAACAUCUUAAACGCCAGCAUUUGUGCCCUAAAUUAAUUCCACCGG